CAAAUUCCAAUCUUCAACUAAACACAUUUUGGCAAUUACGCAUGCUCAUUGAAACCGGAAAUGGAUUGCGGAAAAUCGCGCUACAUAUGCAAAGCAACAAAGGGUGAAAGAAAAGUAAAAAAGCUGUUUCCACAUUGGAAGUAGUCUGGUUGUCUGCUUUUUGCAUGACUGGUUCUAGUGAGUAAAGUGAUAGGCUGCGAAGUCAGUAAACCAGUCUUGUUAUCUGACAAGCUGCCUUAGCAGCAGAAGAUAAAAUUUACAGAUCAAGCAAAAUGGCUGUCACAACGAAAACAGCAUGGUUGACCUUCAUCGCCUUAGUGAUAACCUCAAGGUCAAAUGGAAUGAAGGUCGUAAACACAUACAGGGAUGUCUAUGGUGACAGUCUUCUAAAUGUAGACAUGGACAAUAAAUCUGGAACAGUCCUAAUCAGCAGUGUUAAUAGUAUCACAAAACUCAAUGAAAAUCUAGAUUUAAAAGAUAUAGUUCAGAUUGGAAAAAAUAGUUCCUAUUUAAGUAAUAUUGUGAUAGAUUCAAAAUCAGACUCAGUGAUUCUGUGUUCAGGAAAAAGUGGAAAGUGUGAAGUACGAUCUUUAAAAUAUUUUGAAAAAGUUCUGUCUGCAAAUCCAAAUGAUCUUGUGCCAAAGAACGGUGAUUCUAGAAGUGUAUUGUUGCUCACAACCACAUAUAGGAGAUUAUUUAUUGCAAACAGUUUUCAGGCAAAUAAACCUGAGCAGCAAAAAGUAGUUCCUGUUUUAAGCAGUAGGACUCCUAAUAAUCUGCAUCUUGCACAUACUGAUAGGAAAGGUUCAUCAGCAAAAUAUUUCAGUAGUGCUAAUUUACCAUCAGACUACUUCGUGACAUAUUUAUACUCAUUUUCUGAAAGGAAAUAUGCUUAUUUCAUUUCACGCCAGACAAAUUCAAAGAAUAGUGCUGUUACUAGUAAAAUUUCUCGCCUCUGUUUAGAUGAUGACUAUUUCAGAUCCUAUGUAGAAAUCCAGUUAGACUGUGUUGCAGAUUCAAAAACUCAGUAUUCUGUAGCACAGUCUGCUCACUAUGAUCCGAGCACCCAGAAGCUUACUAUAGCAUUUAGUAAAGCAACCAGUCCAGUGUCGUCUGCUGUCUGUUCGUUUGACCUACGUGAUGUGAACAAGAUGAUGGACAACACGGUGAGAGAAUGUUUCCAAGGCAAAGGUUCCUAUGGUCCAAUACAUUUUCACAAUGCAAGUUCGUGUAAAUCUACAAUGGCUAAACCUGACCUGUGUGGCCAAUCAGAAACAUCCGAAGAUUAUUCUGCUAUUGAGGGAAGUAUGCCAUUGUUCCAGCGUCCAAUUAUGACGCUACCAAGUAUAUUUGUGACGGCCAUUGUAACUAGAAGGGAGAAUAAGCAUACAACAAUUUACCUUGGAACAAGAAAUGGGGCUUUACAAAAGGUGACAGUUGCUGACAAUGGUCUAGUUACCAUGGUCACCACAGCUGACCUUGAUGCUGGUUACGAAGUGAUGAGCCCAAUGUUUCUCAACCAGGGAGGAAAUUAUCUUUAUGCUAUGACAAAAUCAAAGUUAUUGAAGGUUGACAUAGACCACUGUUUGGUGAAGACAUCUUGCCAGGAAUGUACUAGUUUGUUUGACUCAGUUUGUGGCUGGUGUGUUCUACAGAAUAGGUAGGUUAUAGUGAAUUACUGGACUUUAUUGGUGGAAUUUCCACACAAAACAAUUAGUCUACUGAUAUAUAUAAUUUUCCAAUCCUGAUGCAAAUAAAAAAAAAUUGUGGUUAAGUGGUAAACAAUUUUUUUUACUUCAAAAAACCUUAUUGCUGUGGCAUGGAAUCCUAGUCUGGGACUUAAGAUUAUUUCAUGUAAGGAAACUGUCCAGGUAGGUUAGGAAAAUUUGGUUGUUGUACUUGGGUGCAGGCUUGUGCCUGAAAUUUUUGCACUGGAAAGCACCUGAUGUUAUCUUCCACUAGUAAAGCUUGAAUAUCAUAUGACAUUUACAGUGUCAUGGUUGUUAAGGUGACAUUAAACCGAACCAAAACAAAAAAGUUUAUUUUUAAGAAAACA